UCGUACGCGACGGGUUUAUUGUAGUGCGUUUAUUAUUAGUAGUAGAUGUCGUGCGCACUGGAAGACCUCGAUGUUGACCCCUACAGAGAGGAAAUUAUUCACCCAUCAGAAACAGCCACCUAACUUACAACUCUUGAGACUUUUAAGAGAAGUUCUUCGUUGUUUUACCAAUCAUGCAUGGAUACCGGCUACGUUAAAACAGAGUGGAAGGUAUCCUGACACUCGACCAAGUCUCGAAGUGCAUCAAAUGGAUGAGGAUACAAUUGGACGUGCUGUCCCAUCAAGGCAUCAUCGGUACAUUACAUAACAGAUCGAAAGUUGAGUUGAGAGGACACUUCCACAACAGGUUACUUGGGCAAUUGAGCGAUACUGCUUCUGUAUGGGACCCUGUCCUUGGAUUUAAAUGCAGUAACAUCAUUCACGGAAGCCACUAUGACUAGUUUGCCGGAGAACUCGGACAAAUUGAAUGGCGCAAUGCCGCCGCUCCAAGAAGACGAAAAAUCGAACACAGAGAGUCCUCGCGAGCCGCAACCCGUCUUAGACGGUACUGACAAGCGCUCGCCGACUGCGAUGGCGAACCGGCGUCGUAUGAAGGACCCGUACCGGCACAUCCUGCCCCACAGGAUGUCCUUUCACACCACGGGCGUCCUGGCAACCUUUCUCCGCCCUUCCAGCGGCUUGAGGAGGGGCGCUACCGUCUCCCCGUCGGUUGAUCCCGCCUCUCGGGGAGGGACCCCGAAGAGAGGGAGGAGAAAAUCCUCCAAUCUUGCUCAGCCCCGGAAGCUCGGGAAGGACGUGCAAAAUGAGCCUCGCCCGAUCGUUCCCAUUUCGGCUCGUGAACACAUUUCCUUCAAGACUGGAAAACGGCAUUCGCAUGGACCAGAUUUAGGGAAAAACUACAGGAAAAAAAACAGCACUGAUUACAAUGAUGUGAACCGCUACAACGCCGAAGGUUACGCGGCCCUGCAUACAGCGGCCCAAAGCAAUCAUCUUGGAUGGAUGGGAGAACUUUUGAAGAACAAUGCAGAUGUGGACCUCCCUGCGGUCAGUACGGGCUUCACUCCUCUUCACCUGGCAGCCCGGUACGGCUGGCUGGAGGCUGCCAUGCUGCUGUUGAAAAAUGGCGCCAGCUGUGAUGCAUCCACCCACCUUGGCCAGAGGCCCAUCCACCUGGCUGCACGGAGGGGACAUGCAGACAUCAUCAGGGUUUUAUUAGAAUAUGACAAAGACCAGGUGAAGGCAUUCGACAAAGAUUUGAUGACGCCCCUGCACAUGGCUGCCAUCAGCGGUGACAUAGAUGUGUGCCAGUUGCUGAUUAACAAUGGUGUUGAUAUUGGAGCCAGAGAAGUAAGUAACAUGACGGCAGUAAUGAUGGCAUGCGCAGUGGGGCAUCAGAGCUUCAUCCACUGUGUAUUACAAUCAGCACCCAGUCAAGGCUUGAAGGCAUGUGACUUGUUGCUGCAUACCGAUAAUGAAAUGAAGACCGUGCUGCACAUUGCCAUCAGUAACGGCUGCAAAGAGUUGGUGAAAUUUCUCCUGGAUAGUGGGGCAGAUGUGAAUGCACAGUGUGGAAUGGGCCACACACCUCUUCACCUCAUAGCUGUGGUUGGCAACACGGACAUUGCUAAUUUACUUUUAGACUUUGGAGCUACCAUCGAAAAGGGGGACAACGAACUCAUGACACCACUCCACCGAGCUGCAAUGUACAACCGUCUCGCCAUGGUUGGGCUUCUCUUAGACAAAGGUGCUGAUAUUAAUGCCCGGGAAAAGGACCAUUUCACCCCCCUACUCUGUGCCUGCUGGCGAGGGCACGUUGAGAUAGUCAAGCUUCUGAUACAACGGGGAGCAGACCUCAACCUGCGUGACUGCGAGCGGAAAACCUGCCUCCACUGGUCCGUAGAGAUGGGGCACUCGGAGAUUGUGAGCGUGCUCUUUGAAGCAACAGGAUUGGGCUUGUUGGAGUCUGAAGACAGGAUGGAUCAAACGGUGCUUCACUACACAGCUGAGACCGCUAACGUGGCGCUAUUGAAUUUGUUGCUAGUCAAAGGUGCCAAAGUAGACACCAGAGACAAUGAGGAGAAGACACCCCUUCAUAUUGCCUGUCAGUUCGGUCACCUUGCCUGUGUCAAGAUCCUUCUACAGCACUCCCCCAAUCUCCUGAAUACGGACGACAUGGACGGAAUGACGCCACUCCUGUUGGCGAGUCACAAUGGUCAUCCAAGUAUCGUUCGAUUCCUGUUGGACACAGGUGCUGAUAUUGCCAGCAAAAAUGAUGAGUGGAAGACGGCAUUAGCUCUCGCUGCGAGCAAGAAUCAUGUGCACACUGUAACCGUCCUGAUUGAAAACAAUGCGGACAUCAAUGCUCUCGACAAAGAAAAGAACACCCCCUUGCACCUGGUCUGUCAGGCCGGACAUCAGCUGGUCGCCAAACUUCUCUUGGCAGCUAGAGCAGAGCUGACCCACUGCAACCGGGCGGGGCUGUAUGCUCUUGACUAUGCCAUCGAGAAUCAGCAUCUAGAGAUAGCCAAGGCCAUUGUCACCAGCAAGGAUUGGGAGUCGGCUCUUAGCAAUCGUAAUGACAAAGGCCUGUCGCCCAUGAAGAAGUUGAUUAAGAAGAUGCCAGACGCCGCACUGUUAGUGCUUGACCACUGCUCCAAGAAAUCGCACAGCGACCCAAACCAUCCAGAUUUAGAGAUCACCUGUGACUUCAGUUAUCUCGAUCCAGGGCCAGACGACCACUUAACUGGAGAAAACAAUAUCAUUGACAAGAAAAAGAGAUUCUUUGCACUCAAGACGAUGCUCAAAUACAAUCGCCAGAAACUUCUGUGCCACGAGCUUCCACAGUGCAUCUUGUCUCGAAAAUGGUCAAAAUUCGCUGGUAUUUUCUUCAUGUUAGACUUCUUCUUCUAUCUCAUCUUUCUCGGCUGUUUGACCCACUACACAAGUUCCAGCCAGCUCAUAACGUCCGAGAUGCAACUGAACAGUAUGGGUUGUGUGGAAGUAGACGCCAACGACACUGCUUACAUCUUCAAUGAAGAAGGCAUUGUCAUCCGAAUUGCUGAUCCCUGGCUGUGGGUAAGCCAGAGUUUGAUUAGCAUCUACUGCUUGUUUCUUCUCGUGAUGAAGUUUCUGCAUCUUUUACAAUUGAGGGUUGCCUUCUUUUUGGCCAUUUCAAACUACGUGGCCAUCUUGCUGUGCGCGAGCUCUCUUAUAUUCACUUAUCCACCUUUCUACCCGCCUUGCUCGUUGGCAUGGAAUGCUGGCGCCAUUGCAAACUUCCUAGCCGGGAUCCAUUUCCUCCUCUACCUACAACCAAUCAGAUACUUUGGUAUCUAUGUUGGGAUGUUUCUCACAACCUCCAGUUCCCUUCUAAAGGCCAUGGUUGUGUACGUGUUUUUCUUCUUAUCCUUUGGUCUCUGCUUCUACAUUUGUUUUUCUCGCUUGGAUGCCUUCCGCAGUCCUGGUGAUGCACUCUUGACUACCUUCGUCAUGACUUUAGGAGAAAUCAACAAGUCGGACAUCUUUGAUGCCGGCAUUUCCCUCAGCCCGUUUGAGCAUGCCGGACACAUCCUCUUUAUUCUCUUCCUGUUCAUGAUGCCCAUGGUUCUGAUGAACCUGACGAUUGGUAUAGCGGUGGGUGAUAUCGAAGCAAUCUUCAAAUCUGCCUAUCUGAAACAGCAGCAGAUUUUGGUGGACCUGAUUUGGGGCUAUGAGACUAAACUGCCAAAGUUUCUGCAGCGAAGAAUCUACGAGUCCAAAGUGACAAUGAGACCCAACAAAGCAAACAAGAGGACAUGGACUAAGGCAAAACGUUUUUUGUUUGGUGGUGCAUUUGUCACCAAGGAUGACCAAUCGAAAAAUAGCGAGCCUUCCACAGAGGAGAUUGUCACUGAACUCCACCGCAAUCGUAUGAUGAUUUCCAUGUUGGAUGAAGUCCUCAAGCGGCACACAGACACCUUGCGGAAAAUUGCUGACAAGUUCGACAUCAGCAAUGAACUGGAGGAACUGUCCAUCUUCAGAGAAUCUGUGUCUAGCCUCCACUCCAAUACAUGAUCAGCAGGCCCCGGGGGUGGGGGAAGUUACUACCCCUCCCGACGUUUUCAUUUAGCCCCUCCCCCUUGAUACCAUCUUGAAGUGAAUGUUCCCUGAGACUUGAUCACCAGUUUUACCACUAACAGUUUCACUGAAGUGAAGUCUUCACUACAGUACUGAACCUUUCGGAAUGUAGGAGGGGCGGGGAAAAGGGAUACAUGUCUCCAUCAUGUUGGAUAUAAAAAUGGGGGAGUAAAGCCGUGUUUUUCUACAGAGUGGGCAGAUACACACAAGCCACUCCCACCUCUACUUCCACUGGCCGUGCUUGCAACAGGUUGUCAAUCCCACCCGUUAUUGAAACAAAACACAUCCACUAAUGAACCCUAAAAACCUUCUUAUCUGGAUAAACCUCAAGAAGGAGGGGCAUUGGCUGUCACAGUAUUUCCAUUCAAGCAUGCACACAUCUAUACAAAUAACACAAGCUAAAAACAUUCACAUGAUUCCAAUGAACAACUUUUAUACUUCUUGAAUGUCUUUAUUUUACAUACCUUGUAUGAUCCAUGCUGUUUUUGCACCUGUGUUCAGAUUUUGAAAAGAUAUAUGCUUUUUAUAAAUGUUUAUAUUAUGUUUUUAUUUUAACAGAAUGUGAUGGCAGCUUUAUAAUUUAUAUUAAAUCCAAUUCUGAAUCUAAACUCUAUGUAAUCACUAUGAAUCAUCCAUUUAGUUGUUAUCAUUAACCACUUGACGCCGGGACUUUUUUCUGAAAGCCGACUCCGAGAAUUCCAGCCUAGCUUGGCCACAAAGGCCAC